GCGCUGUGGCUGUGUGUUGUAGAAUGGGUUGCUGUAAUUGCUUUCGAAAGUUUAGUAAAUUUUUGGCCUGCUAAGAGCCACUGCCCUACGAAGUCGUGUUUGUUGUUCGCGAUUCGCGUUCGGUGCGUGUGUGACUCAGCGUUCCGCGUCAGAGCUCGAAAUCGGUGGUUCCGGAUUUCCGUGGGCGGUCCCCGCCGACAAAAGUGGUGCUCGAGGGAAGGGAAAUCGCCGUGGAAAGCCAAGUGAAAAUGGAGAACGCGAAAAACAAAGAUGCCCAUCAAACCAAAGUGGACUCAUCUGUUCCGUCGUCCAAACCGACUGGUUCCAGCGGGGGAAGCAAGCUCAAGCGGGCCUUCUCGCUGUCCCGCAACCCGUUCCAGUCGGUCGUGAGUGGUGGCCGGAAAGCUACGGAAAAAUCCGGAACGAUGACAAAUGCGAGUGGCGUUGCGACCUCCGAGCAAAAUUCCAUCAACAGUGGAGGGGGAGGCGGAAAUGGCCAUGAGCCAAAGCUUCAAGGAAGUUCCGGUGGGACGACGACGGAACGGAAAAUCUUCCGGCGGCUGUCGGUGAAAAAGUUCAUCAAUCGCAUUGCACAACAAAUGACAUAUGUCAAUCUUGCAGGCAAUCACCAAAAGGGAGGAGACCGCGUGCCGUCCGCGGGCCCACCGGCCAACGGGUUCGUGUGGCCCGCGGACACGACCCCGGGCGUGAUCGGGCUGCGGAACCACGGCAACACCUGCUUCAUGAACGCCGUCCUGCAGUGUCUCAGCCACACGGACAUUCUGGCCGAAUACUUUGUUCUAGAUCAAUACAAGGCGGAUCUAAAACGACGAAACAAGAUAAAUGCCAAAAAGUUCGGAACCAAGGGCGAACUGACCGAGCAGCUGGCGCUGGUGCUGAAGUCGCUGUGGACGUGCAAGGACGCUCCCGAGUACAGUUCGAGUUUCAAGGCCGUGGUCGACCGCUACGGGAGUCAAUUCCGGAGUUCCACCCAGCACGAUGCCCAGGAGUUCCUGUUCUGGCUGCUGGACAAGGUGCACGAGGACCUCAACACGGCCAGCAAGCGGAAGUACAAGACGAUCAAGAACAACUACGGCCGCUCGGACGAGGUGAUCGCGGCGGAAACCCUCGCCAACCACAUCCGCUGCAACAAUUCGUUCGUGCAGGCCGUCUUUCAGGCCCAGUUCCGGUCGUCGCUGACGUGCCCGCGGUGCCACAAGCAGAGCAACACGUUCGAUCCGUUUCACUGCAUUUCGGUGCAGCUGCCGCAGUUGACGCUGCAGCCGGUGCUGGUGCGGGUGAUUUACGCCUCGCAGCAACCGAAGCAGGUCCAGCUGGGGCUUGGGGUGCCGCACGGAUCUCUGGUAGAGGGAUUGAGGGAGCAGUUGCACGGGGACACGGGGAUUUCGGGGGAGCGGAUGAUUUUGGCGGAGAUUUGCGAGAGCGGGUUCAAUCGGGUUUAUUGUGAUUCGCACUUGGUGGCUUCGGUUGGGGACGGGGACGGUACGGUGUACUGCAUUGAGAGUCCGGUGGUGGGCGAGGGGAUGACCCAGAUUGUGCUGUGUAUUAGUAACGCGAGGCGGGACGUUGGGAGUGGCGAGGUGCGACGGUUUGGGACGCCUUUCUGUUUGGUGGUAAGUCGGGAUGUGUCGUACGUGGAGUUGCAGAAGCUGCUGUUGAAGGAGAUGAGUGGGAUUUUGAAGUCGGAGGUGUUUUCGUUUAGCACACCGGUGCAGGAGAUGUUCCGGAUGCGGUUGCAAGAUCCGUCGUGCGAUGCGGAUGCCUUUUUGGAGACGAGCGUUGAGCAUCCACUUUUUACCGAGAUGAUUGAUCUGGCGUUGUCGGUGCUGCCUACGGAUGCUGGACCGGCUCAUGUGAAGCUACUGAUUGAGUGGGUCAAUCCGGAACGGUUCUUUAGCGAUAUGACCGAUCCGUUUGUGGAGCACGAGAGCGUUAGCCAGAUGAAAGACAAGAUUCCGGCAAGUUCUUCGCUGACGCUGGAGCAGUGCCUCGAACAUUACACCAAAGCUGAGACGCUUUCGGCGGAAGACGCCUGGCGAUGUCCGCACUGUCAAAAGUAUCUGCCGGUGGUGAAAACGCUCGGAUUGUGGUCCCUGCCGGACAUUAUGGUGAUUCACUUUAAACGUUUCCGCCAGCAACAACUGCGCGGAACUCAGGCUGCCAAACUGACCACGCUGGUCAAAUUUCCCUUGCACGGGUUCGACAUGACUCCUCAUCUGGCACGAGAGCUAAAUGCAGAGGCAUCGACCGGUGGAACGAACGGUCCCACCGAGGACAAUUGGAGCCCGUGGCGGAAAACGACCAAACGUAACCCGGCUCAUCAACAUUCCAACAAUCAAUUCCCGCACCACAUGAUGGACAAUCGGUACGAUCUGUACGCGGUCUGUUACCAUCAGGGCGAUACGCUUGAAACCGGACAUUACACGGCUGCCUGUAAAAAUCCGUACGAUGCAAACUGGUACAAAUUUGACGACCAGCGAGUGAACCAAGUUCCGUCGGAUCGCAUCCAGGAGGAAAUCGUCAACAAUGAGGCUUACAUUCUAUUCUACCAAAGACGCAAGAUAGAUGGAUCGGAGUGUUCCGGGACGAGUUCCAGCUCCGGUGUUGACCACUGGGUCUCGCGAAUCGCUGUUGCCCCACUGGGAGCGUCGGCCGUCGAAAAAUCAAAAGAAGCGGUUCCCGUUGCAGUCACGCCACUUCCAGCGGUUGAAAGUUCCCCAGCCGUCGUGGCCGUUCCCAAAAAGGCCGAAAUUGAAGAGACCACAAUCAUGCAUUCCGAAAGUGAGAGCGAAAUAAGCGAGGAAAAGACACCCGCCGAGGAGCAGCAGCAGCCUGCCGAAGUCGUCAGUGAAGAACCCAGUGCAAACGUGCAAACGGUCAUCGUCGAGGUGGAAGCUCAAGUUCCGGUUGAAUCGCCGGUAAAAUCGUUGCCCACCACCCCAACCGAAGAGGAGGAAGAAGAAAGCAACAAGCCAAUCCCGAUGGAACAGUCAGAGGAGGAGUCCUCGAUUGCGACCCUCACGGAGGAACCGUCCUCGCCGGAACUGCCGGAGGAGUUGUCCACCACUACGACUACCUCGGACAUGACCACAACGACCAGUGACACAACCACCACGCGGUCACCCGACUCGAGCAGUCGGUUCUCGUUGCCAACGUCGCACUCCCACUUCCAGGACAUUCUGUGGCGUGACAACGCGGCCACAACCGUGUCGGAGUUUAUCCAGCAGCACCAGCACCAUCGGCCAUCGUCAUUCACGUACAAAUCGUACGAAUCGGACGCCGUCUCGAUGAUCCGCGGCGCCAACACGUGCAGCAAGGACACGCUGCUCUUCAUCGACCAGCACCAUCAGUCGCACGGAGGUGGACUGGACCGGGUCGUGCUCGACAACGACGACGAUGACGAGUCGGACAUGAUGCCACCGCCGGGCAGCCGGGCCCUCUGGAUAUCGCCAGUCACGCCGCAUAAACUGAUAACGGUCUCACCGAAGAACUAAAGCAAAAAUGGUGUCUGUUUUAAGCGUAUUUUUUAUACAAAGCAACAAGAUUUCAAAAAUCUACAAAAAAACCACAACCUCCCAUCCACCAAAAAGCGAAACAUUUGUACGAUAUUUGUGAGCGAGAGAAAGAAAUCAAUUACUAUUAUUACAAUUACCAGCGGAAAAAAUGAGAGGGCGCGCGCGAAAACAUGUUGAAAGUUUUGUUUUUUUAAUUCGUUUUUAUGUUAUAUAUAAUUUUGUUUUUCCGUAGAGAACAUUCUACACCUAAUUAUUAUUUAUUAAAAUAGUAACACCACAGAAACGGAGUUUAUAUAAAAAAAAAACUGCUGGGGAAGAAGGCGCGGUGACAUUCCCCAGAUUCAGAGUAUUUAUUGAAGUGUAGAGAUUGUAAUAUUCUAUAGAAUGUUAGUCUUCGGGCGGCAGAUAAAGAAGUCCCACUCUCCCCCUUCCUCCUUCUCCCGAACUAUUUCCAGUCCACAUUACAACAACACAUUUAAGCAAGUUACGAUUGAAACAUUCUCAUCCUCUUGAACAAAAAAAAAAAAAAAAUCUAUGAAAAAAAAACACAAAAAAAACUCACCUUCACACACUCACACACAUUCUGUACCAAUAAGAGCAAUUAUGAAAACAAAAAAAAAUCGUUUAUGUAAAUUUACUAUUGAAAAAAAGAAA